UGUCUUGACACCAACACUGCUGCCACCCACAACCCCAACCCUCUGGAAGAUCUGCCAUCUGAGUGUAGGUUGGGUUUUGCACUUCCCGGGACCUGGGUCCAGCCAUACGUAGGGUCAGAGACACUGAGGGAUUUGUAAACUUGCUAUCGAGAUCACCAGCAUUGAGCCUUGGGUCUCCUCUUCUCUGUUUGGUAUUUAUAGGUCUGUCUCUCCUCCCAGGAUUACAACAAAAACCCGUCAUGCCUCUAGGAACACCUGCCCACUUAAACAAGCGGAAAAGGCUCACCAAGAUCAUAACAGACCUAUCACAUAUCACUCAGGAUGAAUAUGAGUCAGAGCCAGAGGCAUCUGAGUUCGACCUGGGAACAAAAAUCAGGACUCCCAAAGACAUCAUGCUGGAGGAGCUUUCCCUGCAGAACAACCGUGGCUCCAAGAUGUUCAAGAUGAGGCAGAAGAGAGUGGAGAGGUUCAUCUACGAGAACAAUCCUGACAUCUUCAGCAGUGAGUCUAUGGACAACCUCCAGAAGUUUGUUCCCUCUCUGGGAGGUCAAGUGGGAGGAGACAUGAUAAAUGUUGGUGGGCAUUUUGUUAGCAAACAGCUGCAUUUCGGAGGGAUACUUCCCGGAGGAGGGGCCCCUGUGCCUCCUCCAAAGCCUGGAAGCAAAGGAGCAAGAGCAGGAGGAGCAGGAGGAGCAGGAGGAGCAGGAGGUGCAGGAGGUGCAGGAGAACUGGUUGGGGGUGAUCAUGGGAAAGGUGGCGAAGGAGCUAGAGGUGGAAGUGAUGACGCAACUAAGAUUCAUGUGAAGACAUACAUUUCGCCAUGGGAGAAGGCCAUGAAAGGUGAUGCAAAUCUGGUAGCAACUCUGAAAACUGCAAUGCCUGGUCCCACUGAGAAAAAGGACAUCCGCAAGUACAAAAGCUUCAACAGGACUGCCAUGCCCUUUGGAGGCUUUGAGAAGGCCAACCAGUUCAUGAAAUUCCAGCUGCCAGAAGCUGAGGCAAUCAAAGAGGAGCCUGAACCUGCAGUGGUGUACCAGCAUGACAUCGGCUGCCGGCCUUCCUUCAACCGCACUCCCAUUGGCUGGGUGGGCAGCAGUGAACCCAGCAGCAUUCAUAUGGAGACGGAUGCUGUGCCCUUCGAUGGAGAGACAGACGAGCUGUGA